UAAUUCAAUUCCAUACUUAAAAAAAUAACUCUGUGAACAACAUUUUUCUUAUAUAUUUCUUUUCAUUUUCAACAUAAACUGGAAUUUCAUAUGAAAUUCAAUACAGUUUUUAAUGAAACUAGUCCCUGCGGAUAUAGAUUUAAAAGAUAGUUUUUCGGUUCUUCCUUUUUACGUAAAGGUCGUCGCGAACGUGACAGGCUUACCGGGAAGUAGGCAAGUUUUUCGUCUUUACAGUCGACCAGGGUACAAAAACAUGAAAAUUUGGAGUAAAGAGCAUAUAUUUGAUAAUCCUUGGGAACUAGUGGCAAGGGCUCAAUGGAGAAAAUAUCCCAACAAAUUUAACCAGGCAGUUGAAGGCAUUGAUGUUGUGGACAGAAGAAUAGAUGAAAAAGGUGUUUUGAAAACUCAUCGUCUGUUAAGCACGAAAUGGGGUAUUCCAGGUUGGGCCACUAAGAUAGUAGGAUCCGAUGGUAUUGGCCAUGCAAGUGAACACUCAACUGUUGAUCCCAAGAACAAAACCAUGGAAUUAAAAACACGCAAUUUGACAUUUUGCAAUAUGAUAACAAUAGAUGAAACACUUGUGUACUCUCCCCAUCCAGAAGACAAGAAUAAGACUUGCUUAAAGCAGGAAGCUGUGAUCAAUGUUAAAGGUAUCCCAUUUGGCAGCUACAUUGAAUCAUUUGUUUGUGACAAUAUAUCAAAGAAUGCAUCCAAGGGACGAGAAGCGAUGGACCAUGUUAUAAAUGUUAUACAGAUGGAAACCAGAGAUUUACAAUUAAGAGCUCAACAAGCCAUGGAAACUAUCAACCUUAAUUUCGAGGCCAUGGAAUCGAACAAUCUCAGUUUCGAAGUUUGACGAGAAAACAAUCUAGGGUCUUCCAAUUAUAAAUCAUGGUUUCAUCAUCUGCUUGAGAUUAACCAAGAUCUGAUCCUGAAAAAACUUGAUUUUUCAAAUCUUGUUAAUGUUUGAAAUCAUCAUCUAAAGACUGUGCCUCUAAGUUGACAAUGAAUUGUUUAUCAUCUUAAAACCCAUAUGCGGACCAUAAAGAAUCUGUUAUGUGUAAAGUUACAAGUUUCUUAGUGCUUUUUAUAAGAUAGCUUCAAAAUGGACACAUAUCAACAGCUGAUUAAUGCUGAUAGAUAUAUUAAAUCUUUAUACUAAUCAAAGUAUAUGUACUAGUGCUUAUUGUCACUUAUUUCAUCAGAUACUUAAAUAACAAAGAACUUUAAUGGUUAAGAAUAACAUAACCAAAUACUUUUACAACAAGCUAAAUAUUGAAAUUUGAAAAAUCAUGAUUACGAAAGAAUUGAUUUUUU